AAUUAAUUGGUUAUUUUUAUCAAACUUUUAAUUAAAUUAGUAAAUUUAUAGAUUAAUCUGUUUAUUUGAUUGAUUGCAUAACUAUGUCAAAUCAAGAAUAGAAUAAAAUUUUGAGCAAUUCAAGAAGCCCGUCUUUGAAAGAUAUAAAUGCACUGAAGGAAGAUUAUUAACUCUAAUACUUAAUCAAAAGUUCAAAAGCAAAGCUAAAAAAAUAAAUUUUAAUUGAGAAUAAUGGGGAUGAUUACUUAACAUAUGAUUAAUUUAUAUAAGCAGCAAGGAAAGUUUAGUUUCGCUUCGCAUUAGCAAAACAUAUUAUUAAGCUAAAAAAUUUUUUUAUGGAUCACAAUAAUAGAAUUCCAGUUUAAGAGCUUAUUGAUAGACUUGUCCUUGUAGAGUAAAACAAAGAUAAUAUAAUUAUAAACUUCAAUUUAGCAUAUGGUUUUGGAUAAAAUGAAAUCACUAAAAGAGAAGCUGAGUUAAUAGACAAAUAAUCUAGCUCUCCUCCUUCCAUGAUAAAAAAUAAAUCAAAUAUUAUAACUCAUUCACCAUCUGGCAAUUUAUUAGUUCAUGGAAACUUGAGUAAGAGCCCUUCAAAGAAUAUGCUACUUAUCUAGCAAAGAGAAUAAUACUCUGGUGAUAAGCUUCCUUUAUAAGGAUCCAUAAAUUAAAACAGAUCUAAAUUUAUUAGUGGAGGAGGAGGUGUAAAGAGAAUAAUUGCAAAAACAGGUAACAAUACUCCAGAAGAAAAAAUAUUUAAUGCAUGUGUUGAAAAAGAGAUAUCAUUUGGAUUGCUAACCGAACUCGAAAAAAAAGGAGUUGAUAUGAGGUGCAUUUAGUAAUUAAUUGGAGAGCAUAUGAAGUUAGAUACAAAAGCAACAGGAUUUGUAGAUUAAUAAAUGCUAGAAAAAGAAAUAUUAACCAAACAAUUUUGGAACACUAGGUAAAAGUAAGAGUUAAUAAAAAUAAUUGAUGAUGCUUCAGUAAAGGGACUUGUCUCAUUUGUAAAAAUAAACCACUUUGCUUUGGCCUUUUCCAAGCUUCCAUAAGCAUACAAAUAGAUGAAUUUAAUGUAAAACCAUAGAAAAUAGAAAAGCUUCUAAAAAUUUAGAUCAGAAUUUACAGCAAUCUAAUAAUAUCUAAAUAUUAUCAGAUAAUCAAUAAGAAAAGGGUAAUUUUAAUCUCACACAAGUGCUUUUAUAUUUUUCGACAGUAACUGUGAUUCAUAUAUUACAUUUGAGGAAUUUCUUUAAGGUUGUUAAAUUUUAACUAUUGAUUUAACAGAUGAUUAAAUCUAUGAAGCUUUUGAUUUUUUGGAUAAAGAAAAAAAAGGAUAUUUAUGUGAAGAGGAAUUUAAAAAUUUUUACUAUAAUCUUCAUGAAUUUUAGUUAAAUGUACCAAUUAUAGUGCCUGUAAAAUCAAAAUAGAAUUCUCCAAUCAAUAAUAAAAAUUAAUACAAAGCCUAUGUGAGGCAUAGAGCACCUUCGUUAAAUGGAAAUUAAUUAAUGUAAGUUGAACCUGAAUAUGAUUUAAAUCCUGUUCAGUCAGUAAGAAGAGCUUCUCUGACCUCAAAGUAUCACUAUAACUUCUCCAAUAAAAAAAGCUCAGAAGAUAGAUAAAGUUUUUUUAGAAGUGAUAGUCUUGAAGAAUUUUAAAAGAAUAGGCAGAAAUAAGAAUAAGAUCAAAUUGUGAAUAAAUAUAGACAGAAAAUAAAUAACAUAUUGAACCAAUCUAAAAAAUUAAGAAGUGUAAGCGCAAAUAAGACUGCAAUUAUGAGAUAAUAAUAUAUCACAAAAAUAUAUCAAUAAGGAAACUAAGAUUAAUUAUACAACUAAUAUAACCUAAAACCGUAAAGAAGAAUACAUACAGACUAAGACGAAUUUUAAUACUAUGAAAAUGAAAACGAUUAUAAUAACUAAUAAGUGCAAUAUUAGAAUACUGAAAAGGUAAAAAACUCAGUAAAAUUUAGUCCUCAUCUACAUAGUCAAACUUAGCCCUAUUAAUUAAAUGAUGAAAGUGAAAUCAAUGCUAAUUUUGAAAAUAUUACUGUUCCAGCAAAACUGAACAAUAGUUUAGGAAUAACCAAGCCAUCUUUAAAUUAAUCACAAAUCCAUAAGCAAGAUUUAAAAUAAAAAUAUUCAAACUAGUCAUAAUAUGAUUCAAAUGAGUUUUUAGAUCAAGUUGAUUCAAUGAGAGAAAUCAUAAAUUCUAAUAAGUAACAUAAAACAAUAAAUUUUUGAAUAUAAUAAAUUAUACUAAAGGGUAGUGUGUGUUUAAUAAAACUAAUAUAAAAAUAAUAAAUUUGAUAAACCUAUAUAAAUAUUAUGUUAACUAAGUAUUUAUUUAUUAAUUCUUGUGCAAAAUAAAAUAUAAAAUAAAAACAGGU